AUGCCGAGCAUCUCCAACGUCAACCACUGCAAGUCCGCCAUCACAACAUCUGCCUGGCCUGCCGACCACCUACCACACGACGACACCGCCAACGCUUUGGAGGUCGCUGCUCUCGGGCCACUCGAAGAAAUAUCAUUUGUAUAUUUCUUCCGAAAGAGUUAUAUAGGUGAUAAUUCACACACCUUCUCAGAUAUUGAAUGCGAUCGUCAACUUAUCCUCCGGCGAUACCAACUUCGGAUAUUCGAUGCACGUAAUAAUACCGUCAAUAAAAGUUAUACUUCUGAGAAACAGGAGCGAUUUACUUUGUAUGUCAUGGGGCUAUAUACAACAGCCGAAGGGUGCAAUGGGAAUGCA